UGGGCCUGGGGGCGGGCCGUAGGGUGGGGCCGGAAGCAGCGGCGGGACGGUGGGGUAGCCUAGCUGGACGCUGGGAGCUGACCCGCUCACUCUGACAGCUGCAACUGCGAGCAGCCGUCGCCAUGUCGUCAGUGAGCCCCAUCCAGAUCCCCAGCCGACUCCCGUUGCUACUGACUCACGAGGGUGUGCUGCUGCCCGGCUCCACCAUGCGCACCAGCGUGGACACGGCGCGCAACCUGCAGCUGGUGCGGAGCCGGCUGCUCAAGGGCACGUCGCUGCAGAGCACCAUCCUGGGUGUCAUCCCCAACACGCCCGACCCGGCCAGCGAGGCGCAGGACCUGCCGCCGCUGCACAGGAUCGGGACAGCUGCACUGGCAGUCCAGGUUGUAGGCAGUAACUGGCCCAAGCCCCACUACACUCUGCUGAUCACGGGCCUCUGCCGGUUCCAGAUUGCCCAGGUCCUGAAAGAGAAGCCCUACCCUGUGGCUGAAGUGGAACAGUUGGACCGGCUGGAGGAGUUCCCCAACACCUGCAAAACCAGGGAGGAGCUGGGAGAGCUGUCGGAACAGUUCUACAAAUACGCAGUACAAUUGGUUGAAAUGUUGGAUAUGUCUGUGCCUGCAGUUGCCAAAUUGAGGCGUCUUUUAGACAGUCUCCCAAGGGAAGCGUUGCCAGAUAUCCUGACGUCAAUUAUCCGAACCAGCAACAAAGAGAAGCUCCAGAUUUUAGAUGCUGUGAGCUUGGAGGAGCGCUUCAAGAUGACCAUUCCCCUGCUUGUCAGGCAAAUUGAAGGUCUGAAAUUGCUUCAGAAAACCAGGAAGCCCAAGCAAGAUGAUGAUAAACGGGUUAUAGCCAUCCGCCCUAUUCGGAGGAUUACACACAUCCCAAGUACUUUAGAGGAUGAGGAUGAAGAUGAAGAUAACGAUGACAUUAUCAUGUUGGAGAAAAAAAUCCGAACAUCCAGUAUGCCAGAGCAGGCCCACAGGGUCUGUGUCAAGGAGAUAAAAAGACUCAAAAAAAUGCCUCAGUCAAUGCCAGAAUAUGCUCUGACUAGAAAUUAUUUGGAGCUUAUGGUGGAACUUCCUUGGAACAAAAGCACAACUGACCGCCUGGACAUUCGCGCAGCCCGGGUUCUCUUGGAUAAUGACCAUUACGCCAUGGAAAAACUGAAGAAAAGGGUUCUGGAGUACUUGGCAGUGAGACAGCUGAAAAACAACCUGAAAGGCCCCAUUCUCUGCUUUGUCGGCCCUCCUGGAGUUGGAAAAACCAGCGUGGGGAGGUCAGUGGCCAAGACGCUAGGCCGAGAGUUCCACAGGAUUGCGCUUGGGGGCGUCUGCGACCAGUCGGACAUUCGAGGACACAGGCGCACCUACGUCGGCAGCAUGCCUGGCCGCAUAAUCAAUGGCCUGAAGACGGUCGGAGUCAACAACCCAGUGUUCCUGUUGGAUGAGGUCGACAAACUGGGGAAGAGCCUACAGGGUGAUCCUGCGGCAGCUCUGCUCGAGGUGUUGGAUCCUGAACAAAACCAUAACUUUACAGAUCAUUAUCUGAAUGUGGCCUUUGACCUUUCCCAAGUCCUUUUCAUAGCUACUGCCAACACCACGGCUACUAUUCCACCUGCCUUGUUGGAUAGAAUGGAGAUCAUCCCGGUUCCAGGGUACUCACAGGAGGAGAAGUUGGAGAUCGCCCACAGGCACCUGAUCCCAAAGCAGCUGGAGCAGCACGGGCUGACCCCGCAGCAGAUCCAGAUCCCCCAGGUCACCACGCUGGCCAUCAUCACCAGGUAUACCAGAGAGGCAGGGGUUCGUUCUCUGGAUCGGAAGUUUGGGGCCAUUUGCCGAGCUGUUGCCGUGAAAGUGGCAGAAGGGCAGCACAAGGACACCAAACUGGACCGAGCCGACGUGGCCGAGGGAGAAGGUUGCAGAGAACACAUCUUAGAAGAUGCCAAACCCGAGUCUAUCAGCGACACUACCGACUUGGCUUUGCCACCUGAGAUGCCAAUCCUAAUUGAUUUCCACGCUUUGAAAGACAUCCUGGGGCCCCCGAUGUAUGAAAUGGAGGUAUCUGAGCGUCUCAGCCAGCCGGGAGUGGCCAUAGGUUUGGCAUGGACUCCCCUGGGUGGGAAGAUCAUGUUUGUGGAGGCCAGUCGGAUGGAUGGCGACGGCCAGCUCACACUGACCGGCCAGUUGGGGGAUGUCAUGAAGGAGUCGGCCCAUCUCGCCAUCAGCUGGCUCCGCAGCAAUGCCAAGAGAUUCCACCUGACCAACGCUUUUGGAAGUUUUGAUCUUCUUGACAACACAGACAUCCAUCUGCAUUUCCCAGCUGGAGCUGUCACGAAAGACGGACCAUCUGCUGGCGUUACCAUAGUGACCUGUCUCGCCUCGCUCUUCAGUGGGCGGCUCGUGCGCUCAGAUGUGGCUAUGACUGGGGAGAUCACGCUGAGAGGCCUCGUUCUCCCGGUGGGCGGAAUUAAAGACAAAGUGCUGGCGGCACACAGGGCAGGACUGAAGCACAUCAUCAUGCCUCAGAGGAAUGAGAAGGACCUCGAAGAAAUCCCCAGCAACGUGCGACAGGAUUUGAGCUUCGUCCUAGUGAGCUGCCUCGAUGAGGUUCUCAAUGCAGCUUUUGACGGUGGCUUCUCUGUCAAGGCCCGGCCCGGUCUUGUGAACAGCAAGCUCUAGGCCCAGCCUUAGCCUGUUGGGGUUUUCAAUUACAAAGUGCUGAAAAGUACUGACGAGAUUGAUUUUAUUCACACCACUAGAAGCAGCAUGUCGCUAAUCUGUGAACAUAAUCACAACGAUAAUGAACCUCACUCAAGUAGUGGCUGGUGUUUAUUAGAUAAAUUUGAGAGUUCAUUUAAUAAAUGGAUACAAAGAGAA